GCUUCGACAAAUGUAUAAAUUGAGUCGGAGUUUUCAAUGGCAGCGUUCUUGCAGAGUGCUGCUGCUUCCAUGUGAGGAUUCCGAAGGAAGUCUGUUACGAGAGAAGGAGUGUGCCUGGUGGAGAUUAUCGGGCUGUCAUCAAAGUAUGACAGCUCGAUAACAACUUUGAAGCAGAAGCCAUCCUCUCUUUCUAUCUUAUUAACAUCAUUAGCAUCACAGCCUUGUCAGCAUAGCUACAGGUAACUCAGGUCGAAGUUCUUGUUGGGUUGCCGGAUGCAACUGGCGUUGUCUACGUUGCAGUUGCAAAUGUGUUUUUUGCUCGGGUGAACAUUAUUUGAUGUUGGUAUGAGAGAACUUGAUUGUUUGCAAAAUGGGUUCCUUGUCUGGAAUCCUUCAGCGACCUCUAACUGCAGUGGCUGCUGCUGCCAUAGCUUCUGUCUCUGCUGACAUCUCUGAUAAAUUUCCACCACCCAGAUCAUCGGAUUGCAGUUUCUUUACGGAAUUAUCAAAUGCCACCACAGGGAACUCAGCCUCAAAAGCGAAGUCAUGGGUGUCUACAAUUUCGGUUUCUAAGCUUACAAACUUGUCAUUUGCAACAAGGGUUCAGAUUCCCAUACCUAAUAUUAACUAUGCAGUUCCUAAUUCAGGCCUUCCUAGCACUCAGAAUCUUCUGUCCAACUCACGUUCUUCCUUGGUUGCUUUUCCUCCUAUCCUUCUUACCCUUUAUCAUUCUGCAAAACUGGCAAAAACCCCAAAACCAAUAGAACUUACAUGCUCUACCCCUUUAUCGUCCCCUGAGGUAAUGUACAGAUGGCAUUUACCAGAAUCUUAUAAUUAUGGUGAUUUGCGGAACUCAGAAUGUUCAUGUGCCAAGUCCAGGACAGUGGUGGUUCUGCUUGGAUGGUUGGGAGCAAAGCAAAAGCAUCUGAAGAGGUAUGCGGAUUGGUAUACUUCAAGGGGGUUCCAUGCCAUUACCUUCACUUUUCCUAUGGAUAAGAUCCUCAGCUAUCAGGUUGGGGGGAAAGCUGAGCAGGACAUUGAAUUGCUUGUGAACCAUUUGGUUGGUUGGUUAGAAGAAGAGCAUGGGAAGAACCUGAUUUUUCACACUUUUAGCAAUACUGGGUGGCUAACGUAUGGAGUUAUUCUUGAGAAGUUUCAGAAGCAGGAUCCAUCUCUGAAGGGAAAGAUUAGAGGUUGCAUUGUUGAUUCAGCUCCAGUUGCAGCUCCCAAUCCACAGGUUUGGGCCUCAGGUUUCUCUGCUGCAUUUUUGAAGAAACAGAGUAUUGCAACAAAAGGAUCAAUUAGCUUAAAAGAAUCUGGCAAAAUUUUGAUUGGGACAAGAAGUUCAAUUGAAGCCAAACCUGCAUUAACCGAGGCAGCUUUGCUAGCAAUUUUGGAGAAGUUCUUUGAAGUGGUUCUUAAUCUUCCAACAUUUAACAGGAGGCUCUCUGAUGUGGUGGGUCUCUUGUCAUCAGAACAACCACAUUGUCCCCAGCUAUAUAUCUACAGUUCUGCAGACAGAGUUAUUCCAGUGGACUAUGUUGAAUCUUUUAUAGACGAGCAGCGGAGGGCAGGGCAUGAGGUCAGAGCAUGCAACUUUAUCUCCACGCCCCAUGUUGACCAUUUCAGAAAUGACCCAGACCUUUAUAAUUCUCAGCUGACAAACUUUCUGAAGGAUUGUGUGCUGACUUGUUGCGAAGAUUCUACUUAAAUGAGACUACCUAGCAUGUCCCAAAUUCUAUCAUUUCAUACUUGUAACAGGCCAUACACUUCAAUAUUAACUGUAGUUUCCUUUUUAUUCAGUUCAUUGUAGUAGAGGUUGUUGAAUGCAAAGGAAUCAAUAAUCUCUAGCUUUUCUUUUAUCAUAAUUUAUAUCUAAUGUACAAACUAUAAAGCAAUGCGUUGAUAUACAUAGACGUGAUUCCACUGA